AUGUCCCAGCCCAAGCCCACCAAGGGCCGAAUGCGGAUCCACUGCCUGGAGAACGUGGACAAGGCGCUGCAGUUCCUGAAGGAGCAGCGGGUGCACCUGGAGAACAUGGGUUCCCAUGACAUUGUGGACGGCAACCACCGCCUCGUCCUCGGCCUCAUCUGGACCAUCAUCCUCCGCUUCCAGAUCCAGGACAUCAUCGUGCAGACGCAGGAGGGCCGGGAGACGCGCUCAGCCAGGGAUGCACUGCUGCUCUGGUGCCAGAUGAAGACGGCGGGGUACCCCCAUGUGAAUGUCACCAACUUCACCUCGAGCUGGAAGGACGGGCUGGCUUUCAACGCCCUCAUCCACAAGCACAGGCCUGAGCUGGUUGACUUCCAAAACCUGACCAAAUCCAACGCCCGGCACAACCUGGAGCACGCGUUCAGCGUGGCGGAGCGGCACCUGGGCAUCACCCCGCUCCUCGACCCUGAAGAUGUGUUCACGGAGAACCCUGAUGAGAAGUCCAUCAUCACCUAUGUGGUGGCCUUCUACCACUACUUCUCCAAGAUGAAGGUGCUGGAGGUGGAGGGCAGGCGUCUGGGCAAGGUCAUCGAGCACGCCAAGGAGACGGAGCGGAUGAUCGAGGGCUAUGGGGGGCUGGCCUCCGACCUGCUCACCUGGAUCGAGCAGACCAUCACCUUCCUCAACAGCCGCAGCUUCGCCAACUCGCUGGCCGGGGUGCAGCACCAGCUGCAAGCCUUCAGCACCUACCGUACCGUGGAGAAGCCCCCCAAGUUUCAGGAGAAGGGCAACCUGGAGGUGCUGCUCUUCACCAUCCAGUCGCGGAUGCGAGCCAACAACCAGCGCGUCUACACCCCGCACGAGGGGCGCCUGGUCUCCGACAUCAACCGGGCCUGGGAGCAGCUGGAGAAAGCGGAACACGAGCGGGAGCUGGCGCUGCGCACCGAACUCAUCCGGCAGGAGAAGCUGGAGCAGCUGGCACGGCGCUUCGACCGCAAAGCGGCCAUGCGGGAGGCCUGGCUGAGCGAGAACCAGCGCCUGGUAGCUCAGGACAACUUUGGCCACGACCUGCCAGCAGUGGAGGCGGCCAAGAAGAAGCAUGAGGCCAUUGAGACGGACACGGCCGCCUACAAAGAGCGGGUGCAGGCCAUCGAGGCGGUGGCAAAGGAGCUGGAGGUGGAGGGCUACCACGACAUCCAGCGCAUCAAUGGGCGCAAGGACAACAUCCUGCGGCUCUGGGAACAGCUCCUGGAGCUGCUGGCUGCCCGACGCCAGCGCCUGGAGAUGAACCUUGUCCUGCAGCACCUCUUCCAAGAGAUGCUCCACAGCAUUGACUGGAUGGACGAGGUCAAGGUGCAGCUGGCAUCACCCGAAUCUGGGAAGCACCUUCUGGAGGCAGAGGAGCUGCUGCAGACCCACCGGAUGCUGGAGGCUGACAUGGCCCUGCAGGCGGAGAAGACACGGGCCGUCAGCGCCGCCGCCCUCUGUUUUGCUGACGCUGAGGGCUACCGUCCCUGCGACCCCAAAGUCAUCCGGGACCGU